CUCCGACACCCUCACCACGAAAACUCCGCAACCAAGCCUCCCCAAACCGACCCUACACCACAAUGGCCUCCUCAAUGCGACCCAUGGCCCGGCUCCUCGCCCGGGCAUCCCGCACCACCCUAGUCCCCACCAUCGAACGCACCGCUCCCCGGACCGCACUCUCCUCCAUCCGCACCACCACCAGCACCCUCUCCAACCUCCGCGCAGGCAACAAUGGCAUCCGCUCCUUCUCAACUUCUCCGCUCUGUCUCCGCGCACGCACAAUGGGCCAAAUGAAGGCACGGCACUCGACGGGUCCGUUCUCGUGGAAGGCGGCGCUGCUCUUCGUGUUGACGGGCGGAGGCAUGAUUAUUUAUUUCCGGGUCGAGAAGGAGAGAUUGGAGCGGAAGCGCAUCGCGGAGAUGAGUAAGGGAGUGGGGAAACCGAAGGUGGGAGGGCCGUUUACGUUGAAGGAUUUAAAUGGGAAGGAGUUUACCGCCGAGGAUUUGAAGGGGAAGUAUGCUUUUGUGUAUUUCGGAUUCACUCACUGCCCUGAUAUCUGCCCUGAUGAGUUGGAUAAAAUGGCGGAGAUUAUUGAUAAGGUGAAGGAGGCUACUAAGGGGGAGAAUAUCUUCCUUCCGGUGUUUAUUACGUGUGAUCCGGUGAGAGAUACGCCUGAGGUGCUGCGCGCGUAUCUCAAGGAGUUUCAUCCGGGGAUUAUUGGCUUGACGGGCACGUAUGAUGAGGUUAAGCACGUUUGCAAGCAGUAUCGGGUGUACUUUAGUACCCCGAGGGAUAUUAAGCCUGGGGAGGAUUAUUUGGUGGAUCAUAGUAUCUAUUUCUAUCUGAUGGACCCCGACAAUGACUUCGUCGAGUGUAUUGGUCGUCAGGACACGCCCGAGACGGCCACGAGAACCAUCAUGGAACAUAUCAACGAUUGGAAGCGGGAGGGCAAGCCGCUCAAGAAGGACUAAAUCGUCUGCGAGCGCGUGUAUCAUAGGCAAUACCCUACUCU